GAUGAGGAAAAAGUGCGUAAUUUGGAGGGAAUAGAAGGUAGGCAGUUGAAGUUAAUGCGAUCCAAUGUUAUAGAAUCUUCCAAGUCCCAUUUCAGUUCAUUCAUGUUCAUCAUAUUCUGGUUUUGGUAGUAAAAUCGAAAUCAAUAACAGUGAAAUAUGGGGAGAAAUAGGAUGAAGAAUCUGUUUAGGAAGCUGCACAUCGGUGGUGGAGACGGCGGCGAUGACGGUGACGGUGACGGUGGCGCUUCUCCUACUAUGAACGAACUACCGAGUCGCAAUCUGAGUGUUGCAGAGCAUGAGCGUGAGCAUGAGUUUCAAUUUCAGAUGAGAAUGGCGUUGGCCAUCAGUGCUUCCCAUCCAAUUCCAAACAAUGACGCUGACUCCGAUCAGAUCGAUGCCGCCAAGCAGAUGAGCUUAGGUUCUGAGUCUUCCCUCACACAGUUCCAAUCCCUUCGCUAUUGGAAUUAUAGUGUGAUAGGUUAUGAGGAGAAAGUGAUGGAUGAGUUUUAUGAUGUUUAUGGAAUCUCUUCAAAUUUCAUUCGUCGAGGAAAGAUGCCCUUAUUGGUGGAUCUGCAGGCUAAAACCACCUCACAAAAUGGUGAUCGUGAAGUCAUCUUGGUGAACCGCUUGGUUGAUCUUGAGCUGCAGCGGCUUGAGGAAAAGGCCUGUGCCUUAUUCAAUGACUGUCCUAUUUCUGAAAAAGGACUGAUUUUAAGUGGCUUGCUGCAGAGACUUGCUGAUAUUGUUGUUACCAGAAUGGGUGGCACAGUUGGUAGUGCAGAUAAAAUGAUAGAAAGGUGGGCUAGGAGGAGUCAUGAGUUAAGAGAUUCUUCAAGAACCAUUGUUCUUCCUCUUGGCUCUCUUGAUGUUGGACUGUCGCGUCACCGAGCCCUGCUUUUUAAGGUACUUGCUGACAAGAUUAAUAUUCCUUGCAUGCUGGUCAAAGGGAGCUAUUACACUGGAACUGAUGAUGGAGCAUUGAAUUUGAUAAAAGCUGAUGAUGGAAGUGAAUACAUCAUUGAUAUGAUGGGUGCACCUGGGGUUCUUAUUCCUGCUGAGGUGCCAAGCAGUCAGCUCCAAAAGUAUAGCUUUUCUGUAAGGAAUUGUGAAGAAGUUGUCCGAGUGGGACUGUCUAACCGAACACAUUUGAUUGAUACUAGAACUCAAGUCUUGGGUAGCUCACCUGAUCAGUGCAGCAAAAAAACAAAAGCAGUCAGGUCCCAGUCAGAAAAACCAUUAAAUGUGGGUGGUCAAACAAAACUAGUUGAUAAUAUCCAUGUUGGAAUGAAUGAAAGAGAGAGGUUUGGACAUAAUUUGGGAAAUCUUUUAGAGUCACUGCAUAAAUCAUGUGAAUUCUCAUCACAUAGAGAAACAUCACCUGCAGAAAAGAUUCGCGUAAACAAUGUAUCCAAGUAUGUCCUCAGUGCAGCAAAGAACCCGGAAUUCGCACAAAAACUACACACAGUUUUGCUAGAGAGUGGAGCCCUCCCCCCACAUGAUCUCUUUUCAGUUGUAAAUCCACAAGAUAUGGGUGAAGAUAAAACAUGUGAAGAAUUUGUCAGGGAUAUCGUUCAAGAUGAUCCAACUAGGUUGUCAUUAAGCUACAACAAAUCUCUCAUACCCUAUCAAAUGAAGUGCACUGCCCAUGAUACUAGGUCAGAACAGCAGAAAGAAUUUUACGUAGAUAGAUAUGAUAAUUCCACACAGUGUGAUUGUGAAUGUGAUAAGACCGGGAAGGGGUCUGUGAUGGUUUGUGACAAUAGAGUUGAUGGGUUAGAGCAAUCUCAUUACUUAUGUAAAGAGCAAUGUCUCCAAUCUGAUUUGCCCAAGAGAGCUGUUUCUUGUGAAACACGUGAUAGGUUUGAUGUUUCCCAUGAUGGGGAUGACAAAAAUGGUUAUAAUGAGGUUGGUGUAGCUUUAAAUGACGUUGGAUUUUGUAAAGAGUCAGCCAUUCAGAUAAAUAAGGCACCCUGUAUAGAGUCAGCAAAGUGUAUCACAUAUGAUCAUAAAAAUGACAGAGUUAACCCAGUCUUGGGGGAGAGGAAAGAAUGGGAAAUUCAAUGGGAGGAUCUUCGUAUUGGUCAACGUAUUGGUAUCGGUUCGUGUGGUGAGGUUUUCCAUGCUGAUUGCAACGGUUCGGAAGUUGCUGUGAAGAAGUUUCUAACACAAGAUUUUUCUAGUGAUGCAGUGGCUCAGUUCAAAUCUGAAGUUGAGAUCAUGUUAAGACUGCGGCAUCCCAAUAUUGUGCUCUUCAUGGGAGCUAUUACUCGUCCGCCACAUCUAUCCAUCUUGACAGAGUUUCUUCCAAGAGGGAGUUUAUAUGGUCUAUUGCGUAAUCCUAAGUUUCAACUUAAUGACAAGAGGCGGUUGCGUAUGGCUGUUGAUGUGGCUAAGGGAAUGAACUACUUGCACACAAGUCAUCCUCCCAUUGUCCAUAGAGAUUUGAAGUCUCCGAAUCUUCUUGUCUCCAAGCAUUGGGUUCUUAAGGUCUGUGAUUUUGGUCUAUCGCGGAUGAAGCACCAUACAUUUUUGUCAUCAAAGUCCUAUGCUGGAACGGCCGAGUGGAUGGCACCAGAAGUCUUAAGAAACGAGCUUGCCAAUGAAAAGUGUGAUAUAUAUAGUUUUGGAGUAAUCUUGUGGGAGUUGGCUACGACAAUGAUCCCGUGGCAAGGUUUGAACCAAAUGCAGGUUGUUGGAGCUGUUGGAUUCCAAAACAGGCGCCUUGAAAUUCCAGAUGAUGUUGAUCCAGAAGUAGAACAGAUAAUACGUGAUUGUUGGCAAAUGGAUCCACAGUUACGGCCAUCAUUCUCCGAGUUAUUAUCUCGCCUCUGCCAACUUCAACAUCUUGUUGUCGUUAAAGGUGUAAAACGAGCUCCACACAUCAAAUGAAGGGAAAUUCAUUUUUGUGUAUCACUUUAUAUUAUUCUUUGAGAAUGAGAGAAAGCAGAGCCGGCAUAUGGUGCAAGAAAAAUGUUUCGCAAAUUAUGAGUCUCACGUUGAUUAGUGUGUGAAACAUUCCUUAUUCUCUCUCUCUCUUUCUUUUUAUUUUUUUCUUUUUAGAUUUUAGAGUCCAGUUAAGUCCACUCUAAUGCAGAUGAGUGUCGUAUAGCCUUGACCAGUAACAAACGAAACCCCAUCAGAACACAAAAGAACUGUAAAAGAAAAAAUGUGAGGGGAGGUGGAUGUUACAACAUUAGAUUUGUAUAUAGAUCUUACUAGGGGUUGUAAACUUUUGAUCACCGAGUCGUAUAUUGAUAAUAAUCUUUUUUACAACACCAGAAUAAAGCAUCUUAUAGAGUUCUCGACCUUGUACAGUUUUGCAAUUA